AUGGAAGGUACCCACAAAGAAUCUCCCGAUCUCGAAGAGAUUCGCAGCCGCGUGAAAGAGCUCGAGUUCUCUCACCGGAAUCGCAGAGACGAAUCUGGGGAAUCGUGUCCUUCAUCUGAUUCCGAGACUCUGGUCCAUGAUUUUGCUCUUCAGCUUGAGACAAAGGUGAAAGAGAUUGUUGAAGAUUACUAUGCUUACUUGGAGUACUUGAGAAAGGAGCUUCAUUCUGUGGAGGCUGAAAGUGCCAAGGUUUCUGAAGAAAUCGAACGUCUUUCUAAGUCUCAUGCCCAAGAUUCUAGUAGGCUGGAUUCGGAUCUCGAAGGUCUUCUUUUGUCACUGGAUUUUCUGUCAUCUCAGGAAGUGGAGAAAUCAAAAGAGAAUCCACCAUCUAGCAGCUCAAUGGAAAUAUGUGAUGCGUCAACUUGGAUUGAUGUGAAUGAUGAGAAAUUUAAGAUGUUUGAACUUGAGAAUCAGAUUGAGGAGAAAAGGACGGUUCUCAAGUCAUUGGAAGAUCUGGAUUCUGUAUGUAAAAGGUUUGAUGCUGCAGAACAGGUUGAGGGCGCCUUGACAGGCUUGAAGGUGCUCGAGUUUGAUGGAAACUUCAUUAGGCUCCAACUUCGAACAUGUAUUCCAAAGCUAGAUGGAUUUUUUGGACAGCACAUACUUGUACACACUACUGAGCCAUCUGAACUUAUCCAUGAAUUGCUUAUUCAUCUUAAGGAGAAAACUACAGAGAUAACAAAACUUGAGAUUCUUCCAAAUGAUGUACACAUAGGAGAUAUCAUCGACGCUGCUGAUUGUUUCAGGCAGAUAAGGUUACACUCUGCAUUGCUAGACACAAGAUCUCCACUCCAGUGGCUUGUCGCCAAGGUGCAAGAAAGAAUUAUCUCGACCACUUUAAGAAAGUAUGUUGUGGAAAGUUCGAAAACAAUCAGGCACACGUUCGAAUACUAUGACAAAGAUGAAACGAUUGUGGCUCAUAUAGCCGGAGGUAUUGAUGCAUUUUUAAAAGUCUCUGCUGGUUGGCCGCUGCUGAGUACUCCAUUGAAGCUUGCAUCUCUUAAGAACUCUGACAAUCAGUCUAAUGGAAUUUCGCUGAGCCUAAUCUGCAAAGUUGAAGAACUAGCGAAUUCCUUGGAUUUACAGACCCGACAAAACUUAUCAGGCUUCAUGGAUGCUAUCGAGAAAAUACUUGUACAGCAAACUCGUGAGGAGCUCCAUUCCAAUGAGAUCUCCCAAAAGCUAUUGGUUGAAGCCAAGAAGCAGCCUCUGCUCAGAGUCAUGGAGGAAACCAUCACAGAGUGCUUCUUCUCUCCACCUAAUCUUCCUCUUGAUAUGAUGGAAGAGAUUCUCUUAAGACUACCUGUAAAGUCAUUGACGCGAUUCAAAUGCGUUUGCAUCUCAUGGAGAUCUUUGAUCUCAGAGAAUCUGUUUACUCUGAAACACGCUUUGAUCUUGGAGGCGUCGAAGGCAACCACUCUUAAGAAGAGUCCAUACGGAGUCAUCACAACGUCAAGGUACCAUCUUAAGUCUUGCUGCGUCCACUCUCUCUACAAUGACUCAACGGUCAACGUUUUUGAGCAUGAUGGUGAGCUUUUAGGCAGAGAUUACUAUCAAGUCGUGGGGACUUGCAAUGGAUUGAUCUGUUUCCAUGUAGAUUACAACAAAAGCUUCUACUUAUGGAACCCAACCAUCAAGAUUCAACAAAGAUUGGCUGGUUCGGAUCUCGAAACGAGCGAUGAGGUUGUUGUAACGUGUGGGUUUGGUUAUGAUGAAUCUGAAGAUGACUAUAAGAUAGUUGCAUUGUUGCAACAAAGACACCAAUUGAAGACAGAGGCAAUGAUCUACUCAACGAGACAAAAGCUAUGGAGAAGAAGCAGCAACACUUGUUUCCCAUGUGGAGUUGUUGUUGCUGAAAAAUCAAGAUCCGGAAUCUACAUCAAUGGAACACUUAACUGGGCAGUCACUAACCCAUCAUCAUCAGUUUCGAGCAUCGUAUCAUGUUAUAUGUCACGAGAUGUGUUCAGGGAGCUUCAUGGACCAGUUUGUUGCAAGAGAGGUUGUUUUACAUUGACGCUUGGAGAUUUGAGAGGAUGUCUUUCGAUGGUGUGUUAUUGCAAAGGUGCAAAUGCUGAUGUUUGGGUGAUGAAUGAGUUUGGAGAAUCUUGGUCUAAACUCUUGACCAUUCCCGGUUUGACUGAGUUUGUUAGACCGCUAUGGAUCUCAACCGGUUUGGUGGUUUUGUUGGAGUUUAGAUCCGGUUUGGCUCUUUAUAACUGUGCCAAUGGAACUUUUCAGUAUCCAGUUUCAGACAGCUUAAGUAGUUGUCGCGACGCCAAAGUUUAUGUCAAGACAUUGGUUUCUCCAAGUGAUCUUUGA